AUGGAGUCUUUAAAGAGCCUUGGAGACCUGUACCUGGAGAAAGGAAGGGUUGGGAAGGACGAGGCAGUCUUCACCAGAGCAGCAGGUCUGUACCAAGCGGCGCUGGACCGCUGUGAAGAUUCAGACGGCAGAGAAACGCUGACACACCGCAUCAAGUAUGCCGAGAGGGUCAAGGAAAAAGUGUUUAAGGCCAGGAGAAAAGUCUCGAAGAUGAUGACAAACACGAGACAUGUCAAGGUGCAGGAGAAACUGUUCCAGAAUGGGCAGGCCUACUGGAGAGAUGCUGAGUUACUCGGGGAUGGCAUCCAAAUGGAUAAGCUGGAGUUUCCAGACUGCAGUUUUGAGUGGAAGCCUCUGACCGACGGAACCUACAGCCUGACCAUGAAGAGUAAGGACCCUCCCUGCUUCCCAGACUUCUUAAGGAGCGACCCGAGGACCGAGAAGGUGUCUCAGCUGCACCUGUCCGUCAACAGGAUGAAGAAGAUACCUGCCGGCGUCAGCAUCUUCUCACAGGUUACUGAUGUGAAACUGGAUCGGAACAAACUGAAAAGUCUCACUGCAGAAUUCACCCAGCUGAAGAAGAUCAAGAAUUUGGAUCUUGGAAACAACGUCUUCAGGAAGUUUCCGGAAGAGAUUAAGGAGUUCCGUGACCUUGAGGUUCUUCGCUUCUCCGUAAACCAGGUGGAGGAGAUUCCUUCAGGUGUGUUUCCGCGUCUUCGGAAGCUGAAGAACCUUCGGAUUGGCUCCAACAAGCUGAAGUCUCUGCCUGAGGACCUGGCACAGCUGGAGAAUCUGGAGUAUCUGAAGAUCUCCAGUAACAAGUUCUCCUCCUUCCCUCCACAACUUCUGCAGCUGCCCAGCAUCAGGCAAGUCUGUAUCUCCGGCAACAAGAUCACAGAGGUUCCCCUGGAGUUUUUUGAGAAACCACUGGAACUCUUCCAGGCAGAGGACAACCCCCUACAACAGCCUCCACUGGAAGUGUGCAGCAGGGGCAUUGAGGCGAUAAAGAGUUAUUGCAGACAGAUCAGCGAAUCAUCUGAGAACAUCAACGACAAACGACUGAAGCUCGUGUUGCUUGGAGAAAAAGGUGCAGGGAAAACCAGCUUGUGCCAUUCGCUGAAGGAGGGAACAUCACAACUCGCAGACCCGGAUGAUCGGACUGUCGGCAUCGAUGCACACGAAAUCACGGAGGGGGACGUCACCUUCCUGACGUGGGACUUCGCAGGACAGCAGGACUACCUGGUCACUCACCCUGUCUUCAUCACUAAGGACGCUCUGGUGCUGCUGGUGGUCAACCUGGAGACAUACAGGUGA